AUGGGGAACUGCCUCCAAACCUGCAGAUCCAGUGACCCCUCGGACACCGAGUCUCAGUCCAGUCAGCUUUCAUCUGAGACGGUCCCAAGCCCGGACCAGUUGCUCCUGAGAGACCUGCCAGCAGCCCAGCGGAGUCCGGCAGAUUUAGAUCGAGCCCAGCGACUCAGGUGCCGGCGCUGUCUUCCCGUUGGCGUCUACGUGAGCGGAGAAGCUGCAGCGGGAAGGACCCGGGACUGUGCCAUCUGUUUGCUGGACUUUGUGGACGGAGACCACAUUCGGACUCUGCCCUGCAAGCACUUCUUCCACCUGGACUGCAUCGGGAAAUGGCUGAUGACAUCCUCCACGUGUCCCUGCUGCAGGCUGUCUGUGUAG